AGUUCGGCAAAAUCCCUCUAAGCCAGAGAGAGGCUGGUAUUGGCUCAAGAAGGGAGCAACAAUAGGCACUGAAGGCGCUCAGGAGAGCAAGACAAGAAAGAAUCUGUCUUGACUUAAGGCUGGGCUAGAGAAGAAGGCAGCUCCAACAGGAAAGCACUGGAGCCCCCUCCCCAGGUUUUCCUGGGAUCCCCUUUCACUGACUGAAGGCAAAAAAACAACAACACGGUGAUGGGUGCAGGUGCGAGUGUGGAGGAAAAGCACUCUCGGGAGCUGGAAAAAAAGCUCAAGGAAGAUGCCGAGAAGGAUGCCAGGACAGUUAAGCUGUUGCUUCUUGGAGCUGGAGAAUCAGGGAAAAGCACCAUAGUCAAGCAAAUGAAAAUUAUCCAUAAAGAUGGUUACUCUUUAGAGGAGUGCUUGGAAUUCAUCUCCAUUAUCUACAGCAACACCCUGCAGUCCAUGCUAUCCAUAGUGAGGGCAAUGGGCAUCUUGAACAUCCAGUAUGGAGACCCAGCCAGGCAGGAUGAUUCCCGCAUGUUGGUGCACUUAGCAGAUACUAUUGAAGAAGGCACCAUGCCUAAGGAGAUGUCUGACAUCAUUGAACGACUCUGGAAAGAUACAGGCAUCCAGGCCUGCUUCGAUAGAGCCUCAGAGUUCCAGCUGAAUGACUCGGCUGGCUAUUACCUGAAUGCCUUGCCACGGCUGGUAGUUCCUGGAUACGUUCCCACAGAGCAGGAUGUUCUCCGCUCUAGAGUUAAGACCACCGGGAUUAUUGAAACCCAGUUUUCCUUCAAGGAUCUCCACUUCAGGAUGUUUGAUGUUGGAGGCCAGCGCUCAGAACGCAAGAAGUGGAUCCAUUGCUUUGAAGGGGUCACCUGCAUCAUCUUCAUUGCUGCUCUCAGCGCCUAUGAUAUGGUCCUGGUGGAAGAUGAUGAAGUGAAUCGUAUGCAUGAGAGCUUGCACCUCUUCAACAGCAUCUGCAAUCACCGAUACUUUGCCACUACUUCCAUUGUUCUUUUUCUCAAUAAGAAAGACGUUUUCCUGGAAAAGAUCAAGAAGGCCCACCUCAGCAUGUGCUUCCCCGAUUAUGAAGGGCCCAAUACGUAUGAAGAUGCAGGUGCCUAUAUCAAACUCCAGUUCCUGGAACUGAAUAUAAGAAGGGAUGUGAAGGAAAUCUACUCACAUAUGACCUGUGCCACUGACACAGAAAACGUCAAGUUUGUCUUUGAUGCUGUCACUGACAUCAUUAUCAAGGAAAAUCUGAAGGAUUGUGGCCUCUUCUGAUUGCAAGUUUUUGCACACUUGGGAGCUUCUAUGGACAAGCUUGUCAAUGUGUUCACAACAGAAAGGGGCAGUAAUGAGACCAGACCUGGGAGUCAGAAGAUGAAGAUCAAAUAGAAGCCUGCUCAAAUAUGGUGAUGGUCAUCCCCAACACACACCAUGGCAACCAAGGAGGGGGUGGAGUCUGGCUAUUUGGGAUCCACGGUAAUGGGUCACUCUUCUCCUCCUACAAGUUCUAAGAUUUAUGAUAACUUCCACUUGUUAGUCAUGAAUUUGACCCUUUGGGUAAACUUCAUCUUGGAAGAUAUUAGUCAAGUCACUUGAUAUUUUUGCUACCGGCAAACUCAUCUAUGGUCCUAAUUUUCUUUUUGCUGUACUGUAAUAGGUCCUCUAUUACGUAGUGCAAAUUGAAUGCAGAAAACAAGUAAAAAUGACUGUUUACAUUGUGAACAUUAUGAAAAAUAUGUACAAACAACUAGGACCAAGCUACAAAUGUUAUAUAUGGCUUAUAUGUGUUAUACUCAAAUAAUGUCAUAGAUAAUACUGUACGCAUUCAGCAUACUAUUUCAAACAUUUCUGUAUCAGUACGUAUAUUUCACUUUGGGUAUUACAGCUGUUUAAUAUAGAUUGUAAUACUUGCAACAUCCAACAAAACGUGGAUGAUAAGCAUAUUGCUGAAAAAUGCAUAUUUUUUCCCCUUCUUCCAUAACAUCUGAUAAAAUGUAUUAUUACAACA